CUCCCCGGCAGGAGGAGCGGGCGCCGCGGGAGGCGGCUCGUCCCGAGCUGAACAUCAGUAUUCGGGUAGUGGAGGAGCAAACAGCGGCGUCCAGCCCGUCGUCGGUGCACCGGACGGGCGAGGCCCUGUAUGGCUGUGACGAGUGUCAGGAGCGCUUCUACCUGGAGGCCGAGCUUAAGAGGCACCGGCGCACGCUCCACGACGCCAAGCGGUACAUCAAGUGCAAACACUGCCGCAAGGUGUUCAGGUCGCGCCUCUCGUACCUGGAGCACCAGGCCCAGCACAGCGGCCAGCGACUGCUGGAGUGUCCGGUCUGCAGCGAGACCUUUAGCCGGCGCGUCUGCUUGGCCGUCCACAUGAAGGUGCACCGGAAGCACGGCGGUGUGCAGACGUGUGACCUCUGUCAGGAGAAGUUCUCGACUGUGGGCCGGCUGCGCACACACCAGCAGCGCCAGCACGGCAUCGAGCAGCCCUGGCGGUGCGAGUACGAGGGCUGCGAGAGGGCCUUCCGCUCGUGCGCCUCUCUGGAGGUGCACGUCGUCAACCACACGGGUAAUCGGCAGUUCUGCUGCGACGUGUGCCAGAAGCGCUUCAGCACCAAACAUCGGCUGGCCUCCCACUACCGGAUCCACACGGGGGAGAGGCCGUUCCAGUGUGACCUGUGCGGACGACAGUUCACCCACAAGUCCAACUUGUACCAACAUACGACCCUCGCGCACAAAACGGAGCGGAACCACAAGUGUGUCGACUGUGGCAAGGCGUUCCGGCGCGCGCGCGAGCUGGAGACACACCGGGCGUCGGCGCACGCGGCGUCGGAGGGCGAGCGGCCGGCCGGCGCGCCGCGCUCGGUCGCCGCCUCCCCGGCCUCCGGCAAGCAGUACAAGUGCGCCAUCUGCCAGCGCGGAUUCCUCCGGCUGGACAACCUCAGGACGCAUAUGUUCAUCCACUCGAAGAAGAAGCCGUUUGAGUGCCGACUGUGCGGCUUGGGCUUCCUGCGUCGGCCGCCGCUGCUGCAGCACAUGCAGGUUACCGGGCACGGCGACCACCGCAACGACUACGUCAUCAACGAGGCCGUGUUCGUGAUGGAUGCCCCGGCGGAAGAGGCCACCGGCUCAGUUCGCCUCAUCGCCGCCGGUCAGCAGCAGUUGUUCUCUGUAUUGGACUCGUCCGGAGGGGGUCAGUUGGACGGCGCCAGUGGCGGCGUGACGCAGAUCAUCUUCAAAACGGACUCCCCUCACGCCCAGCUGGACUCGCCGGGCACUGCGCAGCCUCAUCUGGCUGACGAUAGAUGGCAGCAACGGAACGAGCCUGUAUCCCAGGGUGAUCAGGGUGACGAUAGGUGGCAGUAGUGGUCAAACUCACCCUUUUUUCUUUUUUUUGUUGGCAGUGUUUUUAAGGUAAAGGUGGGUUUACCUGGCGGGACUUUCUCUUUUGGUUGGGAGGAGAGCAAUAUUUUGUGAGCAUUGUUGGCAGUAGCAGUGUUAUACAUUGCGAAGAUGAGUGAAUGGCAUCAAUGUUGCAGUGUCGGUUUUGUCAACUGUGUGCUUAUCUCAGCGUGUUUAUAACGUCGCCUGUUCACAGUUUGGAUAAAGUUACGGUCGACGGGCUUAGCCAUUUUUUUAACGAAAUCUCGCGGAACCAUGUAUCUAGCGAUGUUUAGCCCACUCAUCACUUGUAUUGCUGUGUGUGUGUGUGUGUGUGUCAAUACACCAAAAU